GAACCAAUCAGGUGACAGGUGGUGAAAGAGGAAGACGGGCCGUAGAGAACACACAGGAAAAUGGCGCCCAGCUCGAAAUCAGAAAAGGACAACAACAAACAGAAACCUCAGAGAAAGCAUAAAGAACAUGUCGUGAAGCUGCUCAACAGCGGAAAGCUGAAUGGCCAGUUCUCUCAACGCCUCUUCCGCAAACUGCCUCCACGGGUUUGCGUCCCUUUGAAGAACAUAGUCAGUGAAGAGUUCCUCAGCGCAGGCCACAUCUUUCUAGGCUUCACCAAGUGCGGCCGGUACGUCCUCUCCUACACCAGCGACUGUGGAGAAGAUGACGACUUCUCCUUCUACACCUACCAUCUGUACUGGUGGGAGUUCAACAUUCAGAGUCGACUAAAACAGGUGCAUCAUGUUCGCCUGUUUUCAGGAGAGGACAUCUACAGUGAUCUUUACCUGACUGUGUGUGAGUGGCCCAACGACCGAUCCAAGAUCGUCAUCUUUGGCUUCAAUACCCGUAGCUCCAGCUCAGUGCUGAUGAACCUGAUGAUGAGUGAUGAGAACAACAGAGACAUCUACAUCACCAUCGCCUCCAUGCCUCCUGCCCUGCCCUGCUCUCACUGCUGCCCUGCCUCCACUGCCUCCACCAUACGCACAGGCAGUGGGGGGUGCCUGGAGCAUGGCUAUGUGCUGAACUCCAGGUACCAGGUGGUCUACCCCUUCCCCACCUUCCAGCCCGCCUUCCAGCUGAAGAAGGACCAGGUGAUCCUGCUGAACACCAGCUACUCCCUGGUGGCCUGCAGUGUGUCCCUCUGCCCCGCAGGUGAGCAGGGUCAGCUGUGCCAGAUUCUAAACAGGAAGAAGACUCCGCCCCCAUGUGGAGAAGCCCCGCCCUCCUCGCCCUCGCUUCCAGGCUCCCCCGACUGCAAGACCCCCGCCGACAAACCCGUCCCGGCCCCUUCCCCCCCCAGCCAAUCACAGCUGACGGCGGCGGCACGAGCGCGGGAGUUUGCGGCCGACCUGUUCCUCCUCGCCCAGGGACGACGGGUGGGGGGGAGGGGGGAGAGAACGCCGGGGGGAGGGGUGGGGAGGGGAGAGGGGAGCGUGGCGGAAGAGGGAGGAGAGGAGGACAGGCUGUCAUCUCCACAGCCCUCCACCUCAGGCGGGAACCAAACCUCGGCAGGGUCGUCAGACCAGCAGGACGCUGUUCACUGUGACGCAGCUUCGUCCCCCGCCUCCACGUGCUCGUCGCCUCCCUCCUCCUCCUCCCCUCCGGAUGGCGACGCCAGCGAGCCAGGAUACGUUAGCUACACGCGGCAGCAGUACCGCCUGCAGCAGCCGGGGGCGCCAGAGCAGGACACCACAGGUUAUGAGGAUGAGAAGGUGCAGCUGCCGGUGACAGUGAGUGACCUGAGGGGGCGGAACCUGCAGCUGGUCACAGGGCCGUACAGCGGACAGACUGUGUGUGUGGAGCAGCUGACUUUAGACUUUGAGUAUCUGAUCAACGAGGUGAUCAGGAGAGACGCUGCCUGGGUCGCUCAGUUCUGCUCCUUCAGCGACUACGACGUGGUCAUCCUGGAGGUGUGUCCAGAGACCAACACGGUGGUUAUCAACAUCGGUCUGCUGCUGCUCGCCUUCUCUACAGCAGAGGAGGAACACUGCAGACCAAACACCUACCACUCCAGUCUUCAGGUCAGCUGGGACCUCAACACAGGGGCGUGUCACACCGUCGGGGUUGGUGACCUCACGGAGGUCAAGGGUCAGACCAGUGUGUGGAGCUCCUACAGAACGUGUAUAAACACGGUGAUGAAGUGGCUCGUUCCAGAGACCAGCUCCAGAUACAUCAACCGCAUGACCAACGAGGCGCUGCACAAAGGUGUGUGUGUCUGCUGAUCCUCUCACACACACACACACACAA